AUGGCUAUGGAAACAUCACCAACUAGCGCCGAUGGGCGCGCUUUAGGGCGAGAACAGGACGAUGAACAACCGGGAUCCGCGAACACGACCAUCCAGUGGAGAGAACGAGAAUUGGGGCAAGACGGAAGCGCAGUUGAGGAAAGCCGGAAAUUUUCUGAUUUUCGCAAAGAAAGACGACGACGGCGGGCCCGAUAUAAGAAGUCUAUAACUGCUUCCUGGGGGCUGGGGGAGGGUGUGACAGGGCGCAUGACGGGGGUCUUGCUCCUCGGCCUGCUUCUGCUUACUUUUAUUCUCCCCAUUGCAGUGUACAGGAUGCACCGAAUGCAGAGUUGGCGGCAGCAUGCGCCGGGCGCACUGUCACAUCACGACCAGGAAGACCAGCAGCCGGGCCAAUUGCAAGAUCCAACGUACGGGGGAGUCGAUGGGUUCCAUUCAGGAGCCCCCGAUGUUAACAAGGUCCCUGCAACCCCAAACUUGCAGGCAGCAUUUGCCGCGCUGAAGCAUACGAGUGACCAUGGCCUGCUGUUAACGGUGAGGGGUGAAGACUGGGAUGCUGUGCGUGAGCAGUUCCUUGCUUCUGUGAACUGGGUGGCAGGUAUGCCCCCUUCUGUGUUUGAAAGCCCAUAUAAGAGUGAAGAAACGCUUCGCCUCAUGUUGGCCUUGGACUUAGCAUGUCUAGAGAAUGCAGCGGUGGAGGCGAAACUUGCGGCUGAUGACGGCCGUGCCAGCCACGCGGGGGGCUACACAGAGGAGAUUGCUGCUAAGCUUCAGCGAAGCAUGCAAGCUAGGCGCCAACAGGCGAAGGCAGUGGAUUUGUGGGAGACAUUGGUGGUGAACGACUGUCUAGGUUCUGACCCCGAACUGAAGGACAGCCUCUUGAGGCUGUUGCUAGCGGUACGCAGCAGAGCAGCAAGCAGCGAAUACCUAGCUGCUGCUGCGGCAGAGGUGCUCUUCUCUGCAGAGCCCUCCGCUAGGGGGCAUGCAGAAGAAAAUCGGCUUUAUGAGGGAGUCGCCUUCAUAAUCAAGGCGGGCCAGCUUGCGGCCACCGACAGUUUAAUAAAGACUUACGUGGCGCCUUGGCUGGCCAUCAUCUUCACUUCCUUUUAA